UAAAUUCUGUUGAGAGGGCGCUAAUGACCACGUAGAACAAGUACGACCAUGGCGCUAUGGCCAUUCAUCCUCCUUUCCCUCGCCCUAUCUGCUCUCCUCGCAGCGUUCCUCCACGGCGAGAACCGACGGCGGAAGAGCCUCCCUCCGGGACCUUCUUCGUUUCCCGUCAUCGGCAACCUCUUCUGGCUCCGCCGCUCCCUCCGCGAACUAGAGGCCGUGCUCCGCGACGUCCACACCCGGUACGGCCCCAUCGUAGCGCUCCGCAUCGGCCCCUUCACCGCCGUCUUCAUCUCCGACCGCGUGAUCGCCCACAAGGCCCUCGUCGGGCUCGGCGUUUCCUUCGCCGACCGCCCCUCUCCCCCUUUCCCCUCCUUCCGCGUCUCCAACGCCGGCCACCAUAUCAUCUCCUCCGCUCCCUACGGACCGCUCUGGCGCGUUCUCCGCCGCAACAUCACCGCCGAGAUUCUCCACCCCGCGCGGGUUAAGCUCUACGCCGGCGGUCGCGCCUGGGUCCUCCGCCUCCUGAUCGACCACCUCCGCGCCGCUUCCGGCGGCGGAAGCCCCGUCGUCGCCUCGGAGAGCUUCCAGUUCGCCGUGUUCUGUUUACUAGUCUUCAUGUGCUUCGGCGAGAAGCUUGAGGAGAAAGCCAUCCGAGAGAUCGAGCGGGCGCAGAGGACCCUCCUCCUCUACGGCGCUAAGCUCAGCGUUCUCGACUUCGCCCCAGCCAUCUCCCGACUCGUGUUCCGCAAUCGAGUUAAAACCGCCCUGGCGAUGCGGGAGAUCCAGAGACAGCUGUACCUUCCCCUCAUCGAAUCCCGAAGACGAUACGAACGCCGCCGGCAAAUCGGCACGAACGAGGAGGCGGAAGAGGAGGAGCGAUUCGUCUACUCCUACCUCGACUCCCUCCUCAACGUCGACCUCCCCGACAACGAAUUAGGCGGCCGCCGGAAACUCUGCGAUGACGAGAUCGUCACCCUGUGCUCUGAGUUCCUCAAUGGCGGCACCGAUACCACGGCCACCGCUCUGGAGUGGAUCAUGGCGAAUCUCGUGAAGCGCCGAGAGGUACAGGAAAAGCUACGGGAGGAGAUCGAUGGCGUUGUUCCGGAAGGGGAGGAGGUGAAGGAGGAGGAUUUGCAGAGGAUGGAGUACCUGAAGGCGGUGAUCAUGGAGGGGCUCCGGCGCCACCCGCCGGGGCACUUCGUGCUGCCGCACGCGGUGACGGAGGAUGUGGAUCUCUGUGGGUACCGGAUCCCUAAGGGGGCGUCGAUCAAUUUCCUGGUGGCGGAGAUGAACUGGGACAGGCGGGCGUGGCCGGAUCCGAUGGCAUUCCGGCCGGAGAGGUUCCUGGGCGGCGGCGAGGGGGUGGCUGUGGACAUCACCGGGAGCAAGGAGAUUAAGAUGAUGCCGUUCGGGGCCGGGAGGCGGAUCUGCCCGGGAAUGGGGCUGGCGAUGCUCCACCUGGAGUACUUCGUGGCAAAUCUGGUGAGGGCGUUUGAGUGGGAGGCGGCGGAGGGGGAGGAGGUCGACCUGUCGGAGAAGGUCGAGUUCACCGUCGUGAUGAAGAAUCGACUGCGAGCUCGAAUCAUCCCCAGGAAGAAGGCAUAGUGUCUCCGGUAUUUUUUCUAUGGCUUAAAGAAAGAAUUUCCUUGAUCUUUUUUUAAACAUUAUAGGUAAGUCAACUGUCCUAAUCCGCGAGGACGCUGGGUAUCCUCAGCUGGUAUUACAAGUGCCCGAU